AUGGAGAAUUCAACAGCAAUAGUGUUUGUUCUACAAGGACUGAAUGAUACGAAGUCCAACAAAAACAUAUACUUUGUCGUCACUCUUCUCGUUUACAUUUUUACUAUUUUAGUGAACCUGACUUUGAUUGUGACAAUUGUUUUACAUAGAGCGCUCCAUGAGCCAAUGUUUAUAUUUCUGUGCAGCUUAUGUGCAAAUGGGGUAUUUGGUGUCUCUACAUUUUAUCCGAAAAUAUUGGUGGACUUUUUAUCUGACCUGAGUGUUACUCCGUAUAAAGCUUGCCUCGCUCAAAUAUUUGUGAUAUACAGCUACGUCUUCUGCGAAAUCACUAUGUUAUCGGUGAUGGCUUAUGACAGGUACGUCGCAAUAUGCAAACCACUCAAUUACCACUCCAUCAUCACGCCUCGCAAGGUGGUUAAAUGGUUGAUUAUUACCUGGCUUUUUUCCAUCUGUGAGUCGGCAAUUGCGAUCGGCCUGGUAGCCAGACUACCACUCUGUGGAUUCCAUAUCAAAAAGCUAUACUGCACAGCCUGGGCAGUUGUAAAGCUGUCAUGUGUAGAUACCACUAUCAACAACAUUUACGGGUCCAUUAUCAUGGUUAUACACGUUUCUGAAGCAUUAGUGAUCUUUUUUUCAUAUUUUAAUAUCGUUAAAGCAUCUGUCCGAUCGCAGGAAGAACGGAAUAAAUUUAUGCAGACCUGUUUGCCCCAUUUAAUCUCAUUGGGAAAUGUUGCAGUCGCAGGCGCUUUUGACAUCAUGUACGCUCGCUAUGGUUCCAGCACUCGUCUGCUGGGUCUGAGUCAUUUCAUGUCUCUCGCGUACCUCGUUGUUCCACCGCUCAUAAACCCCCUCAUGUACGGCCUAAAACUGAAGCAGAUCCGCCGGAGAAUCUUUAGAGUUUGCAGCCAGAAUAAAGAUGCUCUUAAGUGA